CUAUAGAUGGCAAUGACGUGACGUAAUCCUUCGGUAGGAGGCAGCGUUGAAAAUUCAGUCUGCGCAGUCGAGUCAGAGCUGUCGAUUGGACCUUGAACUUCUUGAGGUUUAAAAUGGUGCUGCGGCGGAUCGUCUAUGCUUUGAUAAAUAACGCUCAGGUGGUGGAGAAACUCGCCGAGUCUCGACCCAUCAGACGGGCGGCACAGAUCACGGCCUUCGCCAUAACAAAAGCACAGCUCGCCGGGAAAGACGCCUCGACUAAACUGCUCAAGUCAGAAACCUUUCGCCAGAUACGAGAUGAGACGACAAAGAUGCCCCGAGAUGUGCAGGAGUUGGGUCGAAGAGCAACAAGGCUGCGGGAUACGUUUGUAAAGGAGGUGAAAGACGGGAUGAGAGACGCCAGUAGACAGAUUAAAGAUAAAAAGUGACUGAUGAUGACUGGGAGUCGAGUCUGAUAUACUGGAUGGACACUGUCAUUCAGGACUCUAUUUAAACUCUUUUUCUGUCUGCUGUAUCACCAUACGCAUGUUUUAUUGCUUCUAAUAGACCCAUUUAAAUUAUGAACACUGUAAAGACUAUACAUUAAGAAUAUAAAAUGUGUUAAUAUGAGAAAGUCCAAUGUGAUUUGUAAAAUAAACAGUUAUGACAUUUAAUAAG